GGGACCCCGGACACCCAAGGGUUUGGUAAAUAUGAGGCAAUGACCGUGCGGAUGCCGAACCAGCAUCUGCUUGCUACACACGCGGAUAAAAUUGGCGUCUCAGCUGACAACGCUCCCGCCUUGUUCCUGCAGGUUGAUCCGGAGAAAUGGCCCAAUGUGAAUGAGGCAUGGGCUAAACUACGGGACAAGUACAAUCUUGAUCAAGGUGGAUGGGACAAGGCCACGUGGGAUUUCCUCAGUUUUGUACUGGGAGGGGACUGGAGCUGUAUUGCAACAAUGAGUAAGGCGCGGCGGUUGGGAUGGGAUGGUCAUGCUGAUACUUGGGAAGAGCUGGAGCAUACCUUCAGGGUUCUUGAGGAGGCGGGUAUUUUGCCUCCAGUGGACAAGCUCAGAGCAGAGUUUUAG